AUGAGGUACUUUUUGUAUACUUUGUCAUCAAAUCCAACUUCUCUUCUCGAAGAUCCUUUCAUCAUCGCCAACGCAAGCUGCAGUUGCUCACAAUGCGGAAUCUGCUGCUCUUCCACAUCCUCCUACUCUUUCUUCCACACUCGGCAGGUACCGUUUUCGAGUUUUGUUUUUGACACCCACACGAAAACCGCACAAACGACAUUUGACACGAAUACUCGGCCACAUGUGUGUUCCGACACUCGGAUACUAGUACUACUAACCACUGUCAUAUGGAUGGGAGCAAAAAAGAGCAAUUGAGCAGCAAAAGUGCGUGUUUUUAUUGAGCUGAGAAAAAGCAAUGUAUACGCUGGGGGGGGCGAAUAUUGGUGGAUUUCCUUGAAAAUGUCAAAAAAGCAGGACUGGGCAAAAGGCCGGCCAACGCUUUUCGAAUCCUUUUUGAGGCCUGCACUUUUGACCUACUUGUAACAUUCCGAUUGGGGCCAAACUUUGCAGGCUGACUCCGUGGACAUGCAUUGACGUAUAUUGAGAUCAAGUUUCAGACCGAUCGGAUCAUCCGGUCCUGAGAUAUGUGGACCGAGACAUCCGCAAUUUCCGCUAAACCAGUAUAUCUCGGGACCAGAUAGUCCGAUCGGUCUGAAACUUGGUCCACAAUCAACUCCAAUCCAAUUCCAAGAAGCCUGUAAAGUUUGGCUCCGAUCCGGUUAUUGCAGUUCCAAUUUUCAACUGAUUCGCGACGAUCUGACGAUCUCCAUUGAGGGAAUAGGUGACCCCCUCCUAAACAGUAGGAGGUCGUAAAUAUUCAAGUAGUCGGAAGUGCCGAAACAUGCGUAUUACACCCUCAUAAACACGGCAACCACCACCACCCACGAACGCCCGCUCUCUUUUCGGUUAUUCUCAAUUGGCAAGUGACCAAGUCAUGUACAUUCCGGUAAUUCAGUACUUGGAAGAAACUGAUGAUGUAGGUUGGUAGAGUUGAAAAUUUCUUUUUUUUUCCCCCAUGAAAAAGUACAGUAGCUGCUGGGCUUUUCUGCAUUUCCCCGGCACACCUGCAAAAGUUCUUGCGCGGCCCUGAACUUUUUCCGCGCACAAACAGGUGUUCUCGGGAAAAUGUUCGGUACAAAUCUAGACAUUUUCACUCGGAACUAUACUAUUUCUGAUAUUUUUCGAGAACACCGAGAAUGGCGACUCUGCCGGAAAAAAUGCUGGUCGCACUUGGUGGGUUUUAGAUGGUUUCUAGGUGACAGUAUGCUUAUACCAUGAUUUUAAAAUCGUACAGUAAUCUCUGCUCCUACGCCUCCGUAAGCUUCAGAAUCGUGUCUUCCGUCGUGGUUUCGACAAGAACGUAGCGCGCCGGACCCGUCGGAAAUCCCCACGACGACUUCUGAUGCAGACCCGUCACGGAGUGGCCUAGAAACCAACGAGAUUGGUGAUCCGUCUGAGCCGGAAUUUCCGACGCCUCCAGAACUGUAAGAUCUUUGUCGGAGCAUUAGAAAAUUUGAAAUGUUUCUUGUCAGAACAACGCCUCCGCCCGCCGCCACCACAACAUCAACAAUUUCGGCGUCAGUGGCUGAGGAUGAGAAGAAGUUGCAAGAAGCGGUGAAGGAAUUAGCGGAAAAAGAGGCCGAGUACGAGUACGAAUACGAGGAGGAGAAGGCGGAAGAGGAGGCCGGCGAAGCGCUGAAAUACAACGAAAAAGCGACGAAGGAGGCGUCGGCGACGCUCAAACCGGCGGUGCGCAAAGAGAUUGAAAAGUUGAAGGAGGCCAAGUGCAAAGGUACGAUAGACUGCUGAUCGGCUGCUGCUGAAUUUUCACGUUUUUCUUUACAGAUUACUGCCACCACAACGCGACGUGCCACGUGGAGGUGAUUUUUCGCGACGACCGAAUUUCUGCCGUUGUGCCCUCCUGCCAGUGAGUUUGUGCACGAAAACAACUGGUCUCGAGCCGUUUCUUCGUUAGCGCGCCUACUUUUUCGUGGAAUUUCUCGUUUUCAGUUGCAACUAUUUUAUGAAAUUUCGCAAUUCGUUAGCGUACUAGUUCGACACGACGCACCUCUUCUCAAAUCCGCAUUUGUUUCGAAAUGAACUCCAAGUGAUCGUUGUGUAGCAGUCGCUUCGAGAACACGGCUAGACAAAAUUCUCUUUUCAAAACGUUGAAACCUUUUCGAGGCCUGAACCUUUUCACGGAAGACACUACAUACCAAGACUGACAAUCUCACCACAAAGUUAACUGAGUCGAUUGUCUAGUUCUGGUUGUAAGACUCAUGUCAGUGAUCAGGAAACAUCCAAAGUGAGUACUUGCAGUUGCCCGCACGGCUGGGAAGGCACGCGAUGUGACCGUCACUACGUGCAGGCGUUCUACGCGCCCGUCUCCGGCAGAUAUAACGUACGUUUGAGCACGACGGCACAACAAAUUGUCCAAGUAAUUCAUAUAUACAUCCUCAUAAACGAUCUAAACAAAUUAUUGUACCCCUUUCGUUCCUGCACUUCUGAAUGCCUUUCGCCACCCCAUAAUCUGCAUGUCUUCUUCCAAAAUCCUAAAAGCAUGGUUGGUUCGUUCGGUUUGCGGUGACGGUUUUUGUCGAACAAUUCCACCUACUAGCCCCAAUUUUUUCUAGGAGAAAUCGGGAUUGAAACCGAACGUUUACGCGGUCAGACCGCCCGGCGAAUCGACGACUUCUGCGCCGCCGCCACGUCGCGGGUUUCCCGACAUUUUCAGCGGGUUUUAUGAGCGAAUUGUGGUGAGAACAAGUGUGCAGAUUAUGGGGGUGGGGAGGGGUGCGGGUUUUCUUCCAAAUAUUUGUGAAACAUGAAAAGUGCCCCCAAAAAAACGCGGUUUCACUCGAUUCCAGCAGUCGUCGACGUCGGCGGUGCCUGCGUUCGGAUUCCUCAUCGUCAUGCUCAUCAUGUUCAUCGCCAUCGUCGUCUACGCGUACAGAAGGUACUCGAAUUCAUAUAAUUUAUUCUGGGGAGAUUUAUUCCGAGUUUAUGUGUCUUUCUGAAUUGUAUCCUUUUGCCACCAAUGAACGGAAUAGCGAACAGUUAAAGUUUCGAAUCCUCGACAAUGCGUUAUUUUUUGGAUUUUUGCAUACAUAGUGGCAGGGAGGUUGUUCUGACAGUUUAUGUGAUACUAGGAUGCAAUUCAGAAAGAUACUGGUCCGGGUUGAAACCCAGUUUUUCAUCCAGACUGACAAUGGACCUAUGAAAAAUUAUUGAAAAAAGAAACGUUCAAGAAAUGUGCAACCAUUCCAGAAUGUCGAAAAGAGCGGACGAGACGACGUACACGAUGAGUCACAUGUGCCCGCCGGACGCGUUCACCGUCCUCAAAACGCCCAACGGCCGUCACAUCUCCGUCCACCAGAUCAACUCGUGCGCGCCGCCGACGACCGUAACCCCUGCUUCCGCUUCUUCCGGAGCCGCCGCACGUGUUCCGAUGCGACAGAUGGCCGUGCGGAACAACAACGCGGAAACGGCACGCAACAACUUUUUCAGUAUCCUCCGCAGUCAGGGCACCAUUCCGUCAAGGUAAAAAACUUCAGGUCUAGUUUUGUGCAAUAUUGACGAAUAGUUGGCCUAACAUUGCGAAAAUUUGCGAGAAAUCGAAUCAAAUUCCCUUUGCGAAAGAGCGCGAUUGCCACACACACACAAACUUCAGAAGCAUAAACGACGACGACACGCCGAAGCACUACAAAUCGGUGCCGCGCGUCGAGGUGUCGGCGAUCAACUACUCGGGACACAUUGACUUCUCGGCCAUCUCGUUCCAAUCCACGUCAUCGGAAGCGUCGAAGGCGAACGCCACGUGUCCGCCGCCCACGCACACUGUCAUCGAGAUGGACGAACACAUCGAGACGGUACGGCAUCGGGGGGGUUUGAAAUGUGCAAAAUUUUGGCUUCUCCGGUUACGAUUGAGUUUUUUCACAAUCAAUCGAUAAUUUCUUCAGAAUUUCCGGUCGCCAUCCCGAAGCGAACGGGAGCCGGGCACGCCGACCACCUCGGAGCCAAUGAUCCCGCCGAACAUCUUCUGA